AUGGAGUUGCUAAAGGCCGAACACGAAGAGACUGUAGAAAGAUUACAGCUUCAAAGUGAAAUUGGACAUCAUGCAAAGUUGAAUGUUUGUACAUUGAAUGAUAGAGAAGAUGGCAUUAGUCUAGCAUCAGAUCAAGAUUUACCUGUAAAUCAAAAUACUGCAAAAGAAGAAGUAAUGAAAAAGUUUCUUGACUCUGUACAAGCAAAACAUGCAGGUGUAAACCAUGUGGAUGAACAGAAACUCCCAGGUGAUAGAGACCACAACACAGUUAGUCAAGCACCUGUAGGAAAACAAAUUCCCUCCCAACCUGCUAAUAAUUCUGCAGUAUCACCUGCCCCUCAGGAAAACCUUUUAGAAAAAUGCAUGGACAAAUUUGUUAAUGUAAACACAAAGUUAACCACUGCCACUUUAGAACAGAAUGAUAUGAGUAGGAAAUUAGCAAUAUCGAGACAUCUUCUGAAUAUCUCUAUCCCAGUGUUUGAUGGGGAUCCUUUGCAGUACCCAAUAUGGCAUGGCUCGUUUAAAGCAUUUAUUGAUUCUAAGCCAAUGGAUGCCCAAACUAAGCCUAAUUUUCUGAGCCAGUUUGUAACUGGAAAACCAAAGAAACUUGUGGAACAUUUCCUGUUAAUAGGCACUGAAGAUGCAUAUCAAUCAGCAAAAACACUACUUUAUGAAAGAUAUGGUAAUAGUAAUGUAGUCAGUUCCACCCUUAUUAGCAAGUUAGAUGCUUGGCUGAGCAUCGGGGCAAGAAAUGCAGAUUCUUUGAGGGAAUUCUCAGAUUUCUUGCUGAAGAUUAAAGCCGCCAAAACAACAAUAGCAAGUCUGGAUGUCUUAGACUUUGCAAAAGAAAACGUAAAGAUGUUGGCAAAGUUGCCCUAUCAUAUUCAGAAUAAAUUGAGAGACUACAUAAAUAAAUGGAGAGAAUCACGUGGAGAGGACAGUUAUCCACCAUUCUCAAAGUUUGUUGAGUUUAUAAAACUUUGUGCUGACAAAGCCAAUAUUCCCGAGUUAGCAGAGCUGUCCAAGCUUAAAGAAACCCCUAGGCAAACCAGAAGAUUACCCUUUGAUCAUGCAGGUGUUAGCGCGUAUACAACGAUGAGAUCAGAAGAGAAAGAUUUUAAUAACAAGAAUAUAGAGUCUGCUUGUUCUGCAAAGAAAGACCAUGAUCUCAAUUCAUGCACAAAGUUCACUGAGAAGUCUUUCAAGGAGAGGAAGAAUUUCUUUCUCAAGAACAGUCUUUGUCUUGGAUGUUUCUGCAAUGGUCAUGUGACAGCUAACUGCAGGAAAAGACUGAAGUGUAAUGAAUGUUCCAGAUUACACCCGAAAUGCCUUCAUAUAAAGGAUAGGAAGUCAAAUGACAAAGAAAAGGAGAAUUCGUCCAAUUGUAUUAAUGUGUGUCCACUCCUCCAUGCUGAUGGUGGCACAGACAAUGCUAUGAUUGUUCCUGUGUGGGUUCUUCAAACAAACGAUCCGAACAAAGAGUUAUUGCAGUAUGCCAUCUUAGAUGAUCAAUCGAAUGUGAGCUUCAUAUCAAAUAAUAUUUGCAGCUGUUUGGGUGUACAGGGACCUUCUACCGAAUUGUUGCUGUCUACUAUGCAAGAAAGUAAAGUAAGGGUCCAGAGUAAUCGAAUUCGGGGCCUAGAAGUCUUAGAUUAUCAACGUGAACUUGUAGUGAAAUUACCUAUGUUGUACAAGAGAGAUGUCAUUCCGUCAAAUAGAUCGUAG